AUGGGACAGGUGCGGGAUCCAGACAGGCGACAGGUGCGUCACCGUGUGACCCGUGUCCCGCUUUGCCCCUGCAGCCGCUGCUACUCGCCCCACGGGGCCUACGCCCAAAGCAAGCUGGCGCUCGUCCUGUUCACCUACCACCUGCAGAGACUGCUGGCCGCCCAGGGGAGCCCCGUGACCGCCAACGUGGCCGACCCGGGGGUGGUCGACACGGACCUGUACAGACACGUCUUCUGGGGCACGCGUCUCAUCCAGAAGAUGCUCGGCUGGUGGGCGUUCAAGACCCCAGAUGAGGGAGCCUGGACCUCCGUCUACGCAGCGGUCACCCCGGACCUGGAAGGAAUCGGCGGCCGCUACUUUUACAAUGAGAAAGAGACCAAGUCUCUGACGGUCACAUACGACCAAGAUCUCCAGAGACAACUGUGGGCCACAAGUUGCCAGAUGACCAGCAUCCCUGACGUGACCCAAGACACCCUCUUGGGGUAACGGCCACAUUGGGAAGACCUCGCCUCGGCCCGGCAAACGCAGGUCUGUGACCGAUCCCCGUGUCUGCCUUUUCCACAGCUGUUGCCUUCAGGGCUCUGUCCCCAACGUCUCCUGUCUGCUGUCCUGCCUUUGCGGGAAAUCGGGGAACAAAAGAAAUACUGAGUGUGGCCUCCAAGUGGCCGUGAGCCAUAAAUUGUGUGGCAAGUUUCUCCCAAGUGCCAGGAACCAUUAAAUGCUGCCUAAGCCAAGUGCUCCAUGUUUCUUGAGUAACACACGGCAGGGAGUAGGUUUGAGGAGACACGUUCCAAGUGACACAGGCACUUGGACACGAGCAUGAAGCGUUGGGUCUCCAGAGGUUUCUGGGUCCCAUGAGUCCUUUGUUCUCCCACGCACCCACUAUUCUGGACACUCAGCUUGGACUCCUGGGUCCCCAAGACAGAGAGACAUGAGCCUUCCUCAGUCUGUUGGGUCCAGGUUGAGGUGGAAACCCAUGGUCUACUCCACACUUUGACAAUGACCCGGCCCCAGGUGCCCCCUUCCGCCCGUAGGUCUGCUGACAUGAACUCAAGCCCAUCGUCAUGUGGAUAUGACCAAUGCCAGUCAGGGAUUCCGUAGAACAGGUGGGCGGACAGGGUCCUGGACGGCACUUCCCAUAGAGAUCUGUAGGAUGGGGAGGAAGAGAGGGGUCUGGAGAGCUCUUGCCAUGGGUUGUGUCCCCAUGGGUUGUGUCCCUAACAGAAUGUCUAAGGUCGUUGGGGUUGUGUCCAGUCGGUCUCUCUAGGAGGUGAAGUACGAUCCGGUUCAAAAGAUACCUGCACGUGCUACCCUCCCAGAACCUGUGAAUGUGAUGCUACUUGGAAAGGUAACCUUUGGGAGGGAAUUAGGACAAGCAGAUCAUCUUGGCUUCUCGAGGCAGACCCAACGUGAUCCCAAGUUUCCUCUUCUGAAAUAAGUACAGACAGAUUUCAUGACAAACGAGGAAGAGGUCAUGUGACGAUGGGGGCAGAGAUUGGAGAGACGCAGCCACACACAGGGACUCCUGGAGCCCCCAGAAGGUGGAAGAGGCCAGAAGGAUCUUCCCCGGGAGCCUCUGGAGGGAACGUGACCCUGCCCCGCCUGGGUCUCAAGAGCCCUGCCCCGCCUGGGUCUCCAGAGCUGGGGGAAGGUGAAGUCCUAUGCUUCCAAGCCACCAACCAAUUGAUAGGAAUUUGGAACCUGAUAGAAUCUGACGGAAAUUGAUAGGACCUCAUACAGUUCCCGACGCUUCCGAAUAUCUCACGCACUCUACUGGGCAGGAUCCUUGACUUUAGGGCUCAUCCUCACCCCCAGUCGGGCAAGGAUGGCUCAGUCCUCCGUCUGAAGAUGUCUUCAAAUUCUAACAACGACAAACUAGCCGUUGGAAAUGCAAUAGAAAGGACACUGUGUGUGUGCCUCUGGACUGCAGGUGGCAUUUCCAGACCAGUGACCGCAGGCUGGUCAUCUCACUCUCCAUUCCCUCAGUUGACAGAAUCUCAUCAAAGACUCAAACCCGAUGUCAACUCCGGGCACAUGCAUUCUUUGGAACCACAGCCCGCAGCUCUUCCAGUGUGGGGUUCACACUGGACACGGGGACAGGUGCUUUAUAGUUCGCUGCUUGGAUGUUCAGGGUGGAUGGACUGGCGCCAUGAGGCGUUCUCCUUCGGGAAUGGAGCGUCCUUUAAUGGGAACUUAAUAAAAUGCAAAGGAAUGUCUUUGCUCUGGUUUGGGAGACGUGAGAAUGCCCGGGGUGAGUUCUUUGUGUUUUCGUGGCCAAGAUGGUAAACCCUACAGAGACCUCCUUCUCAACAAAGAUGCUGAAGAUGUUUCUGAAGAUCCACUAAGGCUCGUGGGUUUUGGUUGCCCCCUGGGGGAGCCUCUGAAAAGGAUUGCUGGUCAUCUCCAAUUUCAACAGAAUUGCAGAAGCAAUUCCUCUGGAUAAAUCAGCAUUUGUGUAGAGCUUCUGAAGGCAUCUUCUUGAUCUGCCAAGUUCAAGGACCGCCCCCGCGCCCCUGAGCCAGGCACAUUUGAAUUACAGCUUCCAGCCCUGGGUAUCGGCACGCGCUCAGAUAUCCUACUGAAACCCUAGACUCCGGACUAAUGUCUUUUAGAACUAGAAUCCCUUCCUUGAUUAAACCAAGAGCGAGCUGUGGCUCAUCUAGUGUUCUGAACAGCCGGGAAUUUGCACCACAAAACAGAAUCUUGAGUUCUGGAAGGUGCCAACGUUGGAGCAUGUAUAUGUCAUCAGAGAACCUAUUACAGCUUGAGGCCAUUGUACACAAAUGCCAACGACCGUGUCCAUGAUCACAAAGGUACUUUCUGACUCGAGGCUCGGGAUGGCUCCUGGCCAAGCCGACAUCUUCCACCACUGAGAUAGCACACACGCCGGGAUUUGACAGAUGCCACAGUCCCCAAGCUGAGAAGACGCGCUUCACAAACAAUUUGUACGUUGUAGGACCCUGGCCUCAGAUUCCUCCUCCUUGUUACGUGACAGCCCUUAUGUUUCUUUUCCUCCCUGGGAGAGAGAGGGAAGAAAACAACAACAUAGUUCUGGAGAAGGUAGCUUGUUCCCUCGACACCGGAUCAUAAAAUUCCUCGGAGACAUUUCCCAGAAGCUGGAGAAAUCGUGCGGAUCUCUGGGUGAGUAAAGCAGAAUCCAUGGCUUCGCAGGCACUGGAGGUCCUGGGUUUGAGCCUGUGGCUCACGUUAGGGGAGUGGACAGGGUCUCCGUGCACCCUCCGGGGUGACGACUUUCCAUCCGCGGGCAAGACUCGAUUCGGUAGUUGGGCUCAUGAUGUGUGUUUGUCUUCUCGUUAAAGACGUUCUUUUCUUCCCUCGGUGUAGCAACAAUGAGCUCUGUUUGGGUUCAGCAGUGGGAGGGACCCCAUCAUUCAUUCAUGUGUUCAGUCACUUAGUCAGUCAGUCAGUCAGUCAGUCAGUCAGUCAGUCAUUGCUACAAGCCAGGUUCUGAGGAAACACAAGCUCACUCACGUGACCAAAGGCUGGUCCGUGUAGUACAAAGGCUCUGUCUAGAUGCCAACUGGAUAUUGAGGAUGUCUGUACCAUGAACAGGUGGCAUGGGUACCUCUCAUCUUGGCUAUUAGGAAACACAACCAGAGAAGGUGCACUGGGCUCCCUCCAAGGAAGGAGGCGGGAUUGGGGGGAAGCUUCUUGGAUUGGCCUAUGGGUCAGGGAGGGCAUUCCAUGCUCAUUUCCAUUGGAUCGGAGCUUUGGGAAGCAUGAAGUCUUGCAUUGGGUGCCAUCAUUAAGGCUUUGGGUCUCUGUGAUGCAUCGUCUACUGAAUGAUGAUGCUGACACCCACCCUGUCUGCACCCAGCUUUGCUGAGAGGACAACACGACCCAUGUAUGCAGUCUGCUUAAGACAAGUUCAGGAAUAAAUGUAUGCCACCCGUG